GUGUGUGUGUGUGUGGCUUUCAUUUCCGUGUUCACCGCGGGAGCGCUGAGCUGCUGAAUGAGUCUCCACGGCCGCUGUGUGUCUACCUUUCACGCCGCGAAACUGCGUCGCCGUGCGGGGAUCUUUCGGGCGGGGGGAGACUCACGCAAUCGCAUCGCCUGGACCCUCGCUGCAGCAGGACCAUGCUCACGCGGGUGAAAUCGGCGGUGGCCAAUUUUAUGGGAGGUAUGAUGGCUGGUGGCUCCAACGGAGACCAUCCCGGCGGAUCGGAUCUGCCGCUGAAAUUCCCGUACAGUAGACCGGAGUUCCUGGGACUCUCGCCGGACGAGAUCGAGUGCUCGGCGGAUCACAUUGCCAGACCGAUCCUCAUACUGAAGGAGACCAAGCGGCUGCCGUGGUCCACCGGCUACGCAGAAGUGAUCAAUGCAGGAAAGAGCACGUUAAACGAAGACCAGGCCUGCUGUGAAGUGCUGGUGGUCAAAAGGAGACCUGCAGGAAGCUGCACACCCAACCGGACCCCCAUGACCCGCAGGAGGUCCUCCCUGCCAAACGGAGAGGGCCUGGGCCUCCGGGAGAACCUGGAAAGCUCUGAAGACCUAACCUUUCACUACUGGGCGUUGUUCGAUGGCCACGCCGGCUCUGGGGCGGCUGUGAUGGCCUCCCGCCUUCUCCAUCAUCACAUUGCUCUGCACCUUCAGGAGGUGCUGGAGAUCCUCUGCACUCCAAACCUGCUACCCCCCACAUGCCUGGGUGAGGAACCCAUCAAUCACCACCUCACCCCGACGUCGCAACGCGCCCUUACCAGGGCUGCCUCUCUCCGGGGCGCCGCGGGGGCUCCAGGUUCACCCAGCACCCCGCCCACACGCUUCUUUACUGAGAAGAAAGUUUCACAUGAGAGCCUGGUGAUCGGAGCCAUCGAGAAUGCCUUCAAAGACAUGGAUGUACAGAUAGAAAAGGAGAAGGCAGUCUACAACAUCUCAGGCGGCUGCACUGCUCUGGCGGUUGUUUAUUUAGACGGAAAGCUCUACGUUGGGAACGCAGGGGACAGCAGAGCUAUCAUUAUCCGGGCCAGGGAAGUCAUCCCCAUGUCAGCAGAGUUCACGCCAGAGUCAGAGAGACAGCGACUGCAGUUCCUGGCCUACAUGCAGCCCCACUUAUUAGGGAACGAGUUUACACAUCUGGAAUUCCCGAGGAGAGUGCAGAGGAAAGAGGUCGGGAAGAGGAUGCUGUACCGUGACUUCACCAUGUCGGGAUGGGCAUAUAAAACCAUCGAGGAUGAUGACCUAAAGUUUCCCCUGAUCUACGGCGAAGGGAAGAAGGCUCGUGUGUUGGCGACCAUCGGGGUCACGAGAGGUCUCGGGGACCACAAUCUCAAAGUGCACGACUCCAACAUCUACAUCAAGCCCUUCCUGUCCUGCUGCCCAGAGGUCAGAGUUUACCCACUGGCGCAGUGUGAACACGGAGCCGAUGAUGUUCUGGUGCUGGGAACUGACGGUCUGUGGGACGUUCUCUCCAACCAGGAAGUAGCUGAAGCAGUCACCUGUUUCCUGGCAAACUGCGACCCCGAUGAUCAGCACAGGUACACAAUGGCAGCUCAAGACCUCAUCAUGAGAGCACGAGGGGUGCUGAAGGAUCGCGGCUGGAGGAUAUCCAACGACAGAUUAGGCUCCGGAGAUGACAUCUCUGUCUACAUCAUUCCCCUCAUGUACGGCAACAAGCAGAAUUAGCCGAGCGGCGUAACUACAACCACCACCACCAAAAUAUAACCCUGCCUUGAACUCCCAACUUCACUUCUACAGUUUCCCACGUCCCUUGUGCUCUGUUGUUAAAAGUGCUUUAGUGUGGACUUCCUCAUUUGCUGAGGGAUCCAUGACGUUUCUAGUCAGAGACGGGAUUUCUGACCAGGCUGUUUUCCCCCUUGAUCAUCCGGGGAUGAUCGUAUCCCUUCUUUCUGUCUGGUCCUUUUUUUAACAGAAAAGAAACUACUGCAGAAAACUGAAUCAUGAAAAGUUGAAGUUGAACUACUGAUAUUUCUUACCCCCAAUCUUCUGUGUUUUACUGAGGAAGCCAUCAUGAACUUUGUUGUGAAGCAAUGCAAAAGGUUGAGAGCACGUUCUCUCAUGGACGAGAUGGUAAUAUGCAUCUCAGGAUUGCUGUUACUAACUAAUGCACAAUAUAUAUAUAUAUAUAUAAAUGUGAAAAUGUAAAUACUCCCAGGUACAACAUACUUGAUAAGUGUGUUUGGUUGAACACGUGUACAGUGUAAAAAAAAAAAAACAACAAAAAAAAAAAACCGAACCUGAAGACUGAUGUCGUGUAUAUAUGAAUCAUUCCUCCUCUGUUCCAUGUAGGUUUUUGAUGUAGCCAGGUUCAGUCGUCUGCAAUUGUUAGUCUGUUGAGAGGAAAAAUUAACUUGUAAGCCCUCUGUAGAUAGUCCAUCAGCUGGUUCUCCUAAUGCUGCAGCUGGUUUUUUGUUCAUUUGUAUCCCUUGCGUUGCAAUAAUGUACGCACUAUUAACAAAAACUUUGAAACACAUUUAUGAAGAACACAAACAGUAGGAGUCCUGUUCACCCUGCUUACAACAUCUCACUACACUCUUUAAUCUAGCCCAGCUUUUAUAUUAAUUCAGCUUUAAGAGGGGAAAAAAAACAAUCAAGUCUUUCCGUUGCACUUAUUCACCAUCAGCCAUCUACCUCAUCAUUUUCUUCCCUUGUCGUUGUCCUCUUUAAGUGGCUGUUUGCACGCCACAUUGGCUGCAUCCUCAGCUGCUACCUGUGCCAUUAUUUAGUUACAUUCUCAUAUUUGCUCCUGUGUCUGCAAGAUUGGUAAAAAUGUUUUCAGCAAAGCAUCGAAGCAGAAAAAAGGAGCUCCCCACAGUCAUGCACUCAUUUUACCUUUCGUCAGUAUCUGUUUGAUAUAUCAACCGUAUUAAGAUAAACUCAUCCUCAUGAAUAGCAGGUGCCUCUAACAGUGAGAAUUCAUCGAACAUCAUUGCAGACAAUUAUAUUGACAACAUUUAACCUUACGUGUCACUACAAUCGAUAUUGUUCCCGGACUCAGUGGUUUUUCCACAUUUUAGCUCAUUUAGUUUAGUUUGUACUUUCCAGCUACUACUAAUUGUGCACAAAUGUUGUAUCUCACCUGCCGUGCGAGCGGUCCGAGCUGGUGAAACGUGGAACAGAGUAACUUAAUUUAAAUGUAUAAAUGUAAAUAACUUUUUUCAGUGGACACUUCUCUCCUCUCUCUUACUGUAAGUGAUGUACAUCUUACCGAAACGAAAAUAAGUAAUUUGUACCGUUUUGAAAAUUUGGGAACAGUAUAAAAAUUUAAAAAUUAAAAAAAAAAAAAAGUUUAAAAUGCUCAUUUUCCUGCUCUAUUAAAAAAAAAUGACAAUA